CAGGGAAAUCAGCCUCUGCCAUUGGCCUCCUCUCAACAUAGCGGUCCAUUUAUUCGCUCUUCCCACUGCCACUCAUCAGCAGCGAACAUACCCGAGUAUACUGCUGUGUCUGCUGCGGAUACAAGGGCAGCAGCACAGGGUAGGGCCCGGCCUGGAUGUGCAGUGGAUACACAGAGAUCAACAUCCCCGUAUUUUGAGUCGUAAUGGGUGUCCUAUGGAGAUGCAUAUGGCAUAUUUUGUGGAUGCACGCGUUUUCACCCACGCCAGCCCCUUUGUACUCUGUGAUCGCUGUCUGAUGAGACCAGUACGAGGCUGUGACUGUUUUGCAGCAUCUUCAGCAUAAACAAAUUGUUGCGCCAAAUGCAUCGUUUCUCUCAUCUCAGCCCUUGACUGAACCUGCCGGCGCAGAUUUCUAAUCACAAUAAUUAUCAGCAUAUCUGCAGGGGAGCGCCAUGCUGACCAGCAUCAUUGAAGGGAUACUCUGCUGCCUGACUGGUAAGGCUGCCAGGCUGGUUUUGCCCCUGGAGUCAUCAGAACCCUCUGAUGGGUUUGAGUUUGUGGAGGUGAAACCUGGGAGAGUCCUGCGAGUGCGGCACAUCGUCCCUGAGCGUCAGACCAUAGUGACAGAAGAGCAAUAUCCAGGCAAAGAGAAGACGGUUUGCAAUAACACUGAUGACGGCUCUCCUGAGAUUAAUGAGCACAAUACUGGCAGCAGUGUCCACUGCAAGAGGAAGAUCACAGUCUUUCGCGACGGCCAAAUGGUGAUUAAGAAUCUUGGUGAUGUUUUGCACUCUGAGAUCCUGCAGUGUCAGGACGGGGAUUUGGAGCCCAGAAGCACUGUGGAGGUGGAGCUGGCUGACUAUAAAGAAACGGCUACUUCUCCAGACCCCAGCCAUGUUCCUCCACCUCCUGGGGAACAGAAACCUGCUCCACCUCCUCGUCGUCAUUGUCGCAAGCCCAAGCGCACAGUGUUUAUCAACUCAAAGAGGGUGAUCUCGAGCUGCAAAGGGAUGGACACAGACGUUGCGCUGUUCUUUGUGCACGGCGUGGGAGGCUCUCUGGAUAUUUGGGGCUCUCAGCUGGACUUCUUCUCUCGGCUGGGCUAUGAGGUCAUUGCGCCAGAUCUGGCAGGGCAUGGAGCCAGCACUGCCCCACAGAUUGCAGCAGCUUAUACAUUCUAUGCCCUGGCAGAGGAUCUACGUGCCAUCUUUAAGAGAUAUGCCCGCAAACGCAACAUUCUCAUUGGCCACUCAUAUGGGGUGUCAUUUUGCACCUUCCUGGCCCAUGAAUAUCCUGAUUUAGUCCAUAAGGUGGUGAUGAUCAAUGGAGGGGCACCCACAGCUCUGGAGCCCAGCCUCUGCUCCAUUUUCCAGCUGCCAUCUUGUGUCCUUCACUGUCUGUCCCCCUGUCUGGCAUGGAGCUUUCUCAAAGCAGGGUUUGCCCGUCAAGGCACCAAAGAAAAGCAACUGCUGAAGCAGGGCAAUGCCUUCAACGUGUCUCCAUUUGUCCUGCGAGCCAUGAUGAGUGGCCAGUACUGGCCUGAAGGGGAUGAGGUCUACCAUGCUGAACUCACUGUUCCCAUCCUUUUAGUUCAUGGCAUGUGUGACAAGUUUGUGUCCAUGGAUGAGGACCAGCGUAUGGCAGAGAUCCUCAUGUUCGCAUUCCUAAAAGUUAUCGAGGAAGGCAGUCACAUGGUCAUGAUGGAGUGUCCCGACACUGUCAACACCCUGCUCCAUGAGUUCUUCCUAUGGGAGCCUGACAUGUCCAAGAAAGAAAGCAACAAGAAAGACACAGAGAAGACAGUUGCUAUCAGUGACACUCUCAACACAAUGAAAAUCAAAAAGUCUAUGGAUAAAUAACCAACAAGGAGACUAGUUUUAACACUGAACCAAACAGAAGGCCUUUUUUGGCGGUUGGCAUGUGUUCUUAAGGCUGCUCCCAGGCUGACAGCUGUUAUAUGCAGGGCCACAUCUUAAGGAUGUGGGCGGCCACUGGUGCUGAAAGAUAAAGCCAGACCUAGGGCAGGGUGCAAACUACAGAACGAUGGAACAAAUAUGCAGUGGGUUUCUGCUUUGUUUUUUGAUACAAGUCUGUGCUCCAUCAUGUUAUGUUUGCAAAGAUACCUAAUGUGAUAUGUGUAUGAAAUGUUUCUGAUGAAGAACUAACUACUACAAGAUAGAAAAGGGAUAAUAUCCAAUAAUUCCCUUGACCUUCUCUGAGAUAUUUUGUGAAGUACUACGACCCUCCAGUAUGCCUUUAUGAAAAAAAUAAUCACCUUCACUUUGGGCCAUUCUCUGCUUUCAGUGAGAACCUGGAAAAGAAAUAUGUACUGGAUAGAGGAAUUACAGAUGUCAUAAUGAUGACCUAGAAAGGAUAAUAAUAAUGGUUUAUUAAGGAAAUGGGUGAAAGCAGGGAUGUGCUGAUGUACAUGCAAAAUUUAAUCAACAAUUGCAUAAAAUGCAAACAUGAAUUACAUUUUUCUUGAAAAACAAAAAAACACCAAAAAAAAUCACACUUCACCCGCAUACCUAUUUAUGACGUUUAUAUUGUGCAGUCUGUACCAUCUGAAACAUGAUCACUCACAAUCACAGAUAUUGGUUUAUUUAUUUCCAAAUUACAAUGUAAUUAUUUUCAUAGAAUGGACCCCUAAUUUCAAACAUCUUUCCAAAAAGUGUGACUAUGUUAAGCACAAUGUAAUCAAUCACAUAAAUUCUAGUUGCAUGAUAAUGAAUUGAUAUUCAACAAGGGAUUUGUAUAAAAUGGUUGCAAAAGCAGAUGUUACAAACACUACAUAAUAUCCAAAGGAUACAAGGUACUGAGGCCCUGCACGAGUUCAGAAAAUGAGUGUAAGGGUUGAUUCAGAUACUUUAAGUAUACUGUCAUAUUGAAAAACUACUAGUGCACUCCUCACUUAUCAAUUAAGUGUUCUUCUAAAAAGUAUUAUUUUUGCCUUUAUUCUGAAACAGCAACUGCCAUAACAACUGUGGUUAUAAUGACCGCUUUAAGCUGUUGUGUCUCAUAGCUGAUAAAUACAAACAAAUGUGUGUGCUCCCCUUUUCCGCUCCAGUCCACCCUAUUUAUCGAAUAGUGUUAGACUGAAAGAAUGAGCUUAAUAUUAUGCUCAAUGAAAGACAUUCAUUCGUGGGUGUUGCUUUGUCUCAUAGUGGGACAGUAAGGUGCAAAUAAAAGCACAGUCUAUGCUCCCUGGCAGUGCUUCUCUAAUGACUUAAUAGUUCAUACUGUUUUUAAUAGCAGAAUGUGUCAAUUAAUGAAUUUGAAACUGGGUUUCUAGGGAAUUAAAUGAAUCGGACACAGGAAAGAGUCAUCUUAAAAAGAGGGACUCGAUCCUGGCUGUUAUAUAUGCAUUUUGACAGAAGGCUGAUGCAACAUGAGUGGAAUUAUGCAAAUGGGACAAAUGGAGAGAAACUGAAAUGAAAUGAUGAAAUUAGAUAAACUGACCUGGAACUGACGGCUCCAAAAAUUAUAUAUUCUCUAUGGACUUUCCAAAAACCAAGUGCUGCUGAUGCAACAUACUGUAUGCUUCCUUUGGUGUAAUAGGUCAGUAAAACUCUAUGGGCUACAGGGUGCAUAUUUAUGUCCUCUUGCAUAUACAAAUUGUCAGUGCUCAUGUGUUUUAUCUUUUUCUCGUUGACAAAAUGUGCUAAUGUUAUUCUUGCAUUUGUUCAUGGGAAUCAUAUUAUAUGCACUACCUAAGUAUAGAUGCACAUAACAUCAUAUAUCCUAUGAAGACAGUUGGAUUCAGUGUAUGAAUGUGCCUUUCCUGGCAUGAAAUAAAAAAGAUGUUCACAGUC